AGCCUGAUAUGCGGAAGCGGCACCAGGAGGCUGAUUUCUUGUUGUCACACUAAUGUGACUUUUUAAGAAGAAGAGUUACACUCUGGUCGCACAGGACGAUCUCACCCUCCGACAAUGUCAGACUCGAUUAAGAAUGUGGCCAUUUUUGGAGCGACGGGAAUGACCGGCCAGGCCACCGUCACCCUGGCGUCGGCUGCAGGUUACAACGUAACAGUGCUUGUUCGGGACCCUGCCAGGCUGCCCACCAACCACGAGGCGUCCAGGGUGGUGGUGGGGGACGUCCUCAAUAUGGAUGAUGUGAAGAAGACCAUGGAGGGUCAAGACGCCGUCAUCAUUGUCCUGGGCACGAGGAGCGACCUGAGUCCGACCACCAUGAUGUCUGAGGGUACCAAAAACAUAGUGGAGGCCAUGAAGGCUCGUGGCAUCCGCAAAGUGGUGGGCUGCAUGUCAGCCUUCCUGCUGUGGGAUCGUGCCAAAGUCCCGCCCCGUCUGAUUCCCCUCACGGAAGACCAUGACAGGAUGUACAACGUCCUCAAGUCGUCUGGUCUGGACUACGUGGCCGUUAUGCCGCCUCACAUUGCUGGCGAUCUUCCUCUGACAGAGCAAUACUCAGCGACAGAAAACAUGCUGAAAGGACGAGCCAUCUCCAAACACGACCUGGGACAUUUCUUUGUCAAGUGUCUGUCCACCAGCGAGUGGGACAGCAAGACAGUGGGCGUGUGGGGGGAGUACAAAUAGUGUCGCUGUACUACGCUGCCUUGCAGCUCCUUUUUCCACCAAACCAAAAAAAUAAUGAUACAGCUUUUCUUAAAGACAAAAUGCAUCAAAACAGUUUAUUUUCUAAAAUUCAUAUCAAGGCAGCUUUACACAGGAGACAUUCCAAACUCUUCAUCAUAGCUUCCGCCAAACAUUGAUUCCCACUUGGAAAGCUCUUCCACAAAUGUUUUGCUUUGUGCUUCUGAAAUAAAAAUAAAACAUCUGUGUGUGUUGUCCAGAUGUAUUCAAACCGAAAUUAAGAUAUACAGUACCUCCUGCAGACAUAAGAGGGACU